GUCUCUUCACCGAGACAGUUGUGCAACAAAUAACCGCUCCUGUUUUCACUCCACGCGUAAUACCCGCACAUUCAACAAACCGGAAUAAUGAUUAGAGUGAUCGUUGAAAAGUUUAACCUCAUUGCAAAUCAAUACUAAUUGAGGAAAAAGUUUGAACAAUAGCUGUGACAAAGUGGAGGGUGAUGUGAUUAUGUGUGCGUGACGAUAGAGGAUAUACUGUUUAUUUUUGUUUGUAAUAAAUACCUGAGGAAAAACUGGUGGAAGGUAUAAUGGGGUUACACAUUGUUCAGUGGUUGACACUAGUGUUGUCAUUAUCCACUGUAUUGUGUCGUAGUAUUACAAGUUUAGAAGCUCCUCGUGGCUGCGAGUGGAGGAGAGACUAUAAUUCUGAGAAACAGAGUUUGCUUUGUAGACUGAGAACUAUAGCCAAUGCCGUUGAACUGAUUGGUAAUCUAUCAACAAUACAAGCGGAUUCGGUAACGUCGCUCAUUCUUGAGUGCAAUGAUGCUUUGUUCUUUGAAUCUCAGAUCGAGGAUCCCAGGGAUUUUUUGACACCACUGAGACACCUUCAAGAACUUACUAUCGAACGUUGCAAGAUACGAUAUUUGCCGGCUGGUGCAUUUGCAUCAGCUCGCAAUCUACGUAGUUUGACCAUAAGAACACGCAACAAUGACUGGUCUGGAAUGUCACUGGAGAUCAAUCGUGAUGCACUGAGGGGUCUCGAGGGUCUGCGAGAUUUGGAUCUUGGUGAUAAUAAUGUAUGGUCAUUGCCGACGGAACUUUUGUGCACAGUGCCUGAACUCGUGAGUUUGAACUUAACGCGCAACAAGUUACAGGACGUUCUGUCACUGGGUUUCUCCCAGCGUUUGUCAAUGUGCACACCAAAGCUUGAAAUACUUGAUUUAAGUGACAAUGACUUGAGUGCACUGCCCGAUCGUUCGUUCAAUGGUCUUGUUAAAUUGACAAAUCUCAUGCUGCAGGACAACGAUAUACGGCAUAUUGGGGAUCACGCGCUAGCUGGAUUAUCGGAUUUAACGAGAUUAAAUGUAUCGAGUAAUAGACUUGUUGCGUUACCACCGGAGUUGUUCUCGGACACGAGAGAAUUGCGGGAACUUGUGCUAAGUAAUAAUUCACUUGCUGUGCUAGGGCCGGGAUUGUUAGACAGUUUGGAAAAACUGCAGUCGUUGGAUCUAAGUGAUAAUGAGUUGACUAGUCGUUGGGUUAAUCGUGACACGUUUUCACAACUCGUGAGACUCGUCGUUCUGGACCUGUCUUACAAUGAUCUGACAAAACUAGACAGCAAUGUUUUUAAGGGCCUCUACAGCCUCCAGGUAUUGGAGGUGGAGCACAAUAACAUCGACACGCUGGGCGAUGGUUGCUUCGCUUCACUCAGGAAUUUACAUUCUUUGACUCUCUCACACAAUCGAAUUUCACGUUUUGAGCCGAGUCACACGGUGGGUCUUGGCUCGCUUGUACAGUUCUUCUUGGAUGGUAAUAAGCUGCACAAUGUGCACCGUCAUGCCUUUGUUAAUGUUACAAGCCUACAAGAGCUAUCGCUGAGCGGAAAUUCAUUUACGGAUGUGCCGGAGGCAAUACGUGAGUUACGAGCCCUGAAAACACUGGAUUUGGGUAACAAUAGGAUAUCGAAGAUUGAUAAGGAGUCAUUCGCAGGGCUUGAUGAAUUGUAUGGGUUGAGGCUGGUUGAUAAUAAACUAGAGAAUGUCACGAGAGAGGCUUUUUCCGGGUUACCGGAGUUACAAGUGUUGAAUCUUGCAAGUAAUUCCAUAAGGCACGUUGAACAGAGCGCUUUCUCGAGUAAUCCAAAGCUGCGAGCCAUAAGACUUGACGAUAAUCAGUUGACAGAGAUACGAGGGGCAUUCACCAGUCUCACUACUCUUCAAUUGCUCAAUGUGUCGGAUAAUAAACUACUGUGGUUUGACUACAGCCAUCUGCCAUCGAGUCUUGGCUGGCUCGACAUACACAACAAUCAGAUAAGCGAGCUGGGAAAUUUCUACAUGGUCCAGGGAAAUCUUCACAUUAAGAUGCUAGACGCCAGUUACAAUCUCAUCACUGAAAUAUCGGAUUCUAGCAUACCCGAUGGUAUUGAGACACUGCGACUGAAUAACAAUAGGAUAAGGAGUGUUGCACCCGGUACAUUUUUGAGGAAAACCAGUCUGGAGAAGGUGAUUCUCUAUGGAAAUGAAAUAAAACAUCUAGAUAUUGCGGCUUUGGCUAUUCAGGAGGUACCGGUGGAGCGGGAUUUGCCUGAGUUUCAUAUCGGUGAUAAUCCCUUCUUGUGCGACUGCUCGAUGGAGUGGCUUCCCAAGAUCAAUGAGCAGCCGAGACCUAGGGAGUACCCCAGGGUCAUGGAUCUGGAUGCUGUGACGUGCGACAUGGUCCACAUAAGGGCAACACCGAGACGUCCAUUACUCUCGCUUAGGGCCAAGGACUUUCUCUGCCGAUACGAAGCUCACUGCUUCGCUCUGUGUCAUUGUUGUGAUUUUGACGCUUGUGAUUGUGAAAUGACUUGUCCCGAUAAUUGUUCGUGUUAUCAUGAUCACAGUUGGUCGAGUAAUGUCGUUGAUUGUUCCAAUGGUGGUUAUAAGGAUGUACCGGAGAGAAUUCCCAUGGAUGCCACAGAAAUUUAUCUCGAUGGCAAUGAUCUUGGGGAUUUGGGUAGUCACGUAUUUAUUGGCAAACGCAGACUCGAGGUAUUGUAUUUGAAUAACAGUGCCAUUUCCGCUCUCCAUAAUCGAACAUUCAAUGGUGCACCGGCAUUACGUGUUUUACAUCUUGAGGGUAAUGCACUGAGGGAGCUCAGGGGAUUUGAGUUCGAUCAACUGGAAAAACUAUCAGAGCUCUAUCUGGACCACAAUGCUAUUGCAGAAGUUGGCAAUACGACUUUUAAUAAAAUGAAGAGUCUCGAAGUGUUGAGAUUGGAUAGCAAUAGAAUCGUCGAUUUCAGGCCAUGGGAGGCAUUAGCUGGAACGGGAGCUGGUGCAAGAGUUGCACUUGAGGGUAAUGCUUGGAACUGUGAUUGCAGUCAUACCGCUAAAUUGAGAGCUUGGUUGGGACAGCAUGAUGGCGAUGCUGAGAAGAUGUAUUGCAGAGAUGGCACAGAAACUCUUGCCCAGGCACUGAGACGCUGUGGUGAUCCAUCCACCGAGGCUGUCUCCAGGGGUGUACCAGAUACAGCUCCCAUGGGUGGUAACUUUGUACCUCUACUCGCUGGUGCACUUGUUGUGGUAAUUGUCAUUUGCCUGGUCGUUGCACUUGCUUUUGCAUUCAGGCAAGAUGUACGUUUGUGGGCGCACUCCAAGUAUGGACUUAGAUUGGGCAAAGUAGCAACUCCACUCGAUGAAGAACGUGACAGACUCUACGAUGGCUACAUCAUAUACAACGAGAGAGAUCAGGACUUUGUUUCCGGCUGUUUAUCAGCUGAAUUGGAGCAAUCGGGAUUGAGUCUUUGUCUUCAUUAUCGUGAUUUGCCACCAUCGAGACACCAGGAGGCUUUACCAUCAGCUGCAGCAGCAGCUCGACGAAUUGUCUUGGUAUUCUCACCAGUAUUCUUCGCGAAUGAGUGGCAGCAUCCUGAAUUUCGGGCAGCUCUUCGGUGUGUACUCGAUACCAUUAGGCCGAGUGUAAGACGGCGGAGGGUUGUCAUUCUUCUGGCAGCCGAGGCACCCCGUAAUCAGGAUACCGAGUUGCAAUUGCUACUUCAGACGUGCGAGGUCAUCACAUGGAGUGACAAGCGUUUCUGGGAGAAACUGAGAUUCGCUAUGCCAGAUCCAGCGGACAAAAGGCGAGAUGGAAAGAAGAUCAACGGUGACAGAUGUGGUGUGAGGGUACCGGCGCGUUACACAGCCGCACCCACGGCACCAGCGGACCUAUGGGCCAAACCAAAUGGCAUUUUGGUCGCUCCGGUUCAUCAUGCACCCACGCCAACCCCUACGCAGUCGACCUACGUUAGUUCCGCAUCGAGCAGAACUGAGGACGAGGACAGCGGUGCUGAGCAUCAGCAUCACGGUGGCUACAGUGCCCUUCACACUGCCAAUGGUAGACCAGCGAGUCUUUCCUCACGUGGUAGCCAUCUUUACAGUACUAUACCGGAGCCACCAUUGUCGCAGGGACAACUUGGUGGUGGUAUGCCUGUUAAUCCUCGUACUUAUUUUGUGUAGCUUACAUCCGUGUAUUUAAAGAAAUAUCGUAAAGUGUCGGGCCAGAUUGCUUUCAUCCAAUUUUAUCCCUUCGAGUUUCUUCACUCAAACUCCCACGUUUGUACAUAAGACUUUCUUUUUUUUUUAUUCAUUUGAAUAAAAAUAUGUAGGGAUUUAAGAUGAAAUUUAUUGUUGUGAGGAAGUGCGGAGGGAGAGUUCUCUGGACGCUCCGUGUGAACCCAUCUUUCCUAGGGUUCCUCUAACUAAGACUGGAAAUGAAUGGGAUGUGAAGCGGUUGUAUGGUAAUUGAAUUGCAGUGAGAAGCGUGUAAUUAUUGGCUGUCAGGUGAGGGACAGACGUGAGUUAUGGGCUCGAUGACGGCAAAGUCCAUACAUGAAGACUUAUAGCGAACGUUGAUAAUUUUUAUAUUGAUUUCUAUGCCUGCUCUUACUUCUCGAGAAAUGCCACCAGUAGUAGUUCCUUGAACUUGCCGGCAUUUACAUUUUUCAUAGGUUGUUUUUUAUAUUAUUCGACGAAGUGUGGAGGGGGAAAUGGAAAAAAAAAGUUAAAAAAAAAAUAAGUAAACAAGACUCACGUUAUUUGAGGCAACUUAGCGUCACGUUACCUCAUUCUGUCCAAUUGCCGACUGUGGCUUUCAUGUCUGUGAAGCCACCCAACGCUUAUUAGUCCAUAAGGAAAGAAACCUCUGUAAAUAGUGUAUCUACUUUUGUAUAUAGAACGAGAAAAAAAGAAAACAGCGGGUUUGUUUGAGACAAAUCUCCAAGGGCCCAUCCUAUAAAUGUUCUUAUAUUAUAAUAUUUCUUAGAACAAAUGUGAAAAAUCUAAGACGAGAGCGAAAACUUAAACUGUAUUCUAUUGUUGUAAAUAGUGUUUCACGCGAUGCAUUUUAUUCACCUGUUAUACUAAAUUAAUUCAUGAACGAGAUGAAAGACACCAUUGAACGAAUUUUUUUUCUAAUAAAAAUGAGAAAAAGAAAGAGACUACGAAGUAUUGAUA